GUACGUCAAUCACAGCCUCGGUCUCCUCGCCGACGUCUGUUCCAUUUCGGCGACGGGGAGCAGCCCCAAGAGCGCGUUCACAGGCUGCGGUGUGAUAUUUAUCUGGUUUUAUUUAUUUAUUUUUUUACCACUCCGGAAACCCGAUGGAAAUAACCGAAAUAUAACGGCAGAGAAAAACACAUAAUAAAUCCUCACCUCUUGUUGAUUCUACGCAGGAGUGAACGAGAUCGUUGUCCUGGCCUGGGUAUUUGAGAGGAGCCAAUCGUCGAUGUUCUUACUCCAUCUUUAAUUGAAUGGAAUGCAAAUACUCGGCUGUGGUGCCCCAGUGCUCGCCGCGAAUCUAGAUAAUGGGCUGUGUACAAUGUAAGGACAAAGAGGCAACUAAACUGACAGAUGAGAGAGAGACGAGUGUGUCUCAGCACGCUGGGUACCGCUAUGGGGCCAACCCAACACCCCAACACUACCCCAGCUUUGGGGUCACCGCCAUCCCCAACUACAACAACUUCCACGCGCCUGUCAGUCAGAACACAGUGACGGUGUUCGGCGGCGUGAACAGCUCGUCGCACUCGGGAACUCUGCGCUCACGUGGUGGAACAGGAGUUACACUCUUUGUAGCACUUUAUGAUUACGAGGCGAGGACGGAGGAUGAUCUCAGUUUUCGGAAAGGAGAAAAAUUCCAAAUUCUCAACAGCACGGAAGGAGACUGGUGGGAGGCUCGCUCCCUCACUACAGGUGGAACAGGAUACAUACCCAGCAAUUACGUGGCUCCAGUAGAUUCGAUCCAAGCCGAAGACUGGUACUUUGGGAAACUUGGCCGUAAGGAUGCAGAGAGGCAGCUGCUGUCUAAUGGAAACCCUCGGGGGACUUUUCUCAUCAGGGAAAGUGAAACCACUAAAGGAGCGUAUUCCUUAUCCAUACAGGACUGGGAUGACGUUAAGGGCGAUCAUGUGAAACACUAUAAGAUCCGUAAGCUUGACAACGGAGGCUACUACAUCACCACCCGGGCUCAGUUUGAGACUUUGCAACAGCUUGUUCACCAUUAUUCUGCGAGGGCUGCGGGACUAUGCUGUCGAUUGAUAGUCCCCUGCCAUAAAGGCAUGCCUCGCCUUGCUGAUUUGUCCGUCAAAACCAAAGACGUGUGGGAAAUCCCAAGAGAGUCGCUUCAGCUCAUCAAGCGCUUGGGGAAUGGUCAGUUCGGAGAGGUCUGGAUGGGUACUUGGAACGGCACCACGAAAGUGGCGGUGAAGACCUUGAAACCAGGCACCAUGUCCCCUGAGUCAUUCCUGGAGGAAGCUCAAAUCAUGAAGAAGCUGAGACAUGACAAGCUAGUACAGCUAUACGCUGUUGUCUCUGAAGAGCCCAUUUACAUCGUUACAGAAUAUAUGGGCAAAGGGAGUCUGCUGGACUUUUUGAAGGACGGUGAAGGACGGAGCCUGAAAUUACCAAACCUUGUAGACAUGGCAGCUCAGGUGGCUGCAGGCAUGGCUUACAUCGAGAGAAUGAAUUACAUCCACAGAGAUCUGAGAUCAGCCAACAUCCUCGUGGGCGACAGUUUAGUAUGCAAGAUCGCAGACUUUGGCCUGGCCAGGCUGAUAGAGGAUAAUGAAUACACAGCUAGACAAGGUGCCAAGUUCCCCAUUAAAUGGACGGCCCCCGAGGCCGCGCUGUACGGCCGGUUCACCAUUAAAUCAGACGUGUGGUCAUUUGGAAUACUGUUGACGGAAUUGGUGACCAAAGGACGCGUGCCAUAUCCAGGGAUGAAUAACCGGGAGGUUUUAGAGCAGGUGGAGCGUGGCUACAGGAUGCCGUGCCCUCAGGACUGUCCGAUCUCUCUGCACGAGCUCAUGCUGCAGUGCUGGAAGCGAGACCCCGAGGAAAGACCCACGUUUGAGUACCUGCAGGCGUUUUUGGAGGACUACUUCACUGCCACGGAGCCCCAGUACCAACCAGGGGACAACCUCUAAACCGCAAACAAACAAGCGAGAGCUUGAGAGAUCAAGCGAGCGUAUUUGUGCUUUAGUCUCGCAGAUUAGAACACAAAUCCGGUCAUUUUGACCUCUUAACGCUGUUAGACAUUAUAGAAGAAGAAAAAAAAUCACCUGGACGACUGAAAACCUCCUUAGAACUCGAGAGGAAAAACGCAUUGCCCGCGACACACACCGACCCGAACGACGAUACGAUGCACGUACGAUGAUUAAAGCUUCCAGAUUCGUUGCCAUUUCGAUCCAGUAUUUCGAAUCAUCUUCCAUUAAAAACAGGACGUGCCACUUUAAACGUGUAAAUUCACUAAAGCCAAACCAUAUUUCGGAGAACAUCAUACGAGUGUCUGAGAAAAAAAAAAAAACUAAGAAUGAAGGGUAACGGAUGGCCUGUUUGUAUGUAGUGUAAAUAUGAUCGUGUUUACUUACCCCUGUUUUAGGCUUUAUUACUUUUUAUAAUGCUUUUUAUUUUAUUUUAGGGUUUUAUUUUUAGGUUUUAUUUUGAAAUAUAUUUUGCUCAGAGAAAUAAGUCUGAAUCUCGAGGCUGAAACAAGACGACUGAUUCUGGAAAUGGCCUUGUUUUAAAAACGUCUGGGACUCUCUUGAUUAUUUAUUCCAUUAAUGGCACACCCUCUUUGUUUAACUUUGAGAAAUCCGUUUGAGCUGCACAUACAGUAGCUAGCGUUACUGACACUUGUGAAUUUUUUCACCGAAGGAAACUCUCUCGUGUGUGUGUGUGUGUGUGUGUGUGUGUGUGUGUGUGUGUGUGUGUGUGUGUGUGUGCACUGGUGACUCUGCUCAGCUUUAUUAUUUGCACCUGAUUUUAGCAAAAUGCUCUCUGUGUCUCCAUUUAGUUUAAUUUUUUUAUUCUUUUUUUUUUUUUUCUUGCUAGUACAUUUUCUAUUUAGUCACUUUGGAUUAAUGAUAGAAGAAACUAAGCAUCGAUAUAGUAAUCAGGCUGUGUGGGCAUUAUGCUUGACUAUACCUGCAUCUCUCUCUCUCUCUCUAGCGAUUGAAGAUGAUCAAAUAAAAAUAAAAAUGGCUAACAUCAUUUAUUGUCAUUAAGAAGCGUAAAAAAAAAAGUGCUAUGAUUUAACAUAAGUAAGUAAGGAAAAAAAUUAUUAACUCUAAGCUGAGCUUUUUUUCUGGUUCGAAUUUCUAUCGCUGAUCUACAAAAAAACUUUCAUCUCUGGACCGCAUUUAACCUCAAUCAACACCCUCACAGCUCUCGUCUAUCAGGCGGAACCAACAGGACCAAUUUCACCUCGUUUUCAUUCCAGCCUUUACUCGGAUAUCUUGUGAAGGUUCUUUUUCUAUAGGAUCGUGUGCACCAUAGUAAGCUGUUUAAACACAGGCUCCAACUUCGACCCCAUUAUUUUCACCCGUUUAUCUCUUUUUUCUAGUAAUCCAUUUGAAGUAAUUCAUAGACAUUUUUUAUUAUUAUUUAAUUGUUUUGUUUCAGUCGGGCACAAAUAUUUGUAGAAUAAAGACUCAUACCCAA